AUAACUGGAUAGGUGAGAGGUGAGAGAGCGCAAACAUUAAAAUUCAUGUCUUUUUUCUUUAUAUUUUCAAGUGGAUUGACGACGUGGGUGAGUUGCGGUGCAGAUGUACUGAGAAAAGCGCAUAAGCAGUCUCACGUCCAAACGGCAGCGCUUGGAUUUGUCAUCUCAGAUCUGGAUUUGCGCAGUGAGCGUUGGGAGGUAUGGGCUGCGCUCCCAGCAUUCACGUCUCUCAGAGCGGGGUGAUCUAUUGCAGGGACUCGGACGAGUCCAACUCCCCUCACCAGACCACAACUAUCUCCCAGGCGACUGCGACCACUCUCCACGGCCUUUUCAUUAAGACCGACGCGGCAGACUCCAUCCCUUCUGUGGUCGCCUACCAGACCAAACAUACCCGGACCAAUUCGCACCGCGACCGCCGAGAAAAUAGCGGACUGAACAGCUGCAUUGAGGCCGAGACGCAAACGAGCCACACGAGCUUCAAGCUCUCUCCCACAGAGGAAUGUUUUGGGCCAAUGCGACUGACUAAAGAACCGACUCAGGUCCUGCUGGUCUUUGGGAAGGAGGAUGGCCAGAGUGAUGCCUUCUGGUGGGCCUGCGAGCGGGCGGGCUUUAAGACCAACAUCGCCUGCACCCCAGAGUCCGUGCUUGAAGUCUUCCUGGAGAAGCACCACGAAAUCAUCGUCAUCGACGCCAGACCUGCUAGCCCCUUCGAGGCUGAAGCGGUCUGCAGGCUAAUUCGUGCCACCAAGCCUGGAGAGCAUGCUGUCAUGUUAGCCGUAGUACCACAAACACCACAUGACCAGGAGGAGCCUUCAGCCCUACCUCUGCUCAGUGCUGGAUUUAACAGAAGGGUCGUUGAGAGCGGCAGUGUCUCGGCCUGCUACAAUGAGCUCAUCCAGGCAGAACACGGAGAAGUGCGUGCACAGUUCAAGCUGAGGGCGUGUAACGCAGUGUUCACGGCGCUGGAGCACUGUCAGGAGGCGGUGGAGAUCACCAGCGAGGAUCACAUCAUACAGUACGUGAACCCUGCCUUUGAGCAGCUGAUGGGUUAUCAGAAAGGGGAGAUCAUCGGCAAAGAGCUGAACGAGUUGCAGAAAUGCGAGAAGAACAGAGCCGGCAUGUUGGACGCCAUCAGCACCUGUGUGAAGGAGGGAAAGGAAUGGCAGGGAAUUUACUAUGCCAGAAAGAAGUCUGGAGGCAGCAUACAGCAGCAUGUCAAAAUCACACCUGUGAUUGGCCAGGGAGGGAAAAUCAGACAUUUUGUGUCCAUCAAGAGUCUGCAUAAUGACAACAAAAGACAGGUAUCCAAGAUAAGCCGAGAGGAAAAACACAGCGGAGACCAUUCCCAACCAGAAGGCCAGUCCCUGCGGCGCAAGGACAGGAGAAAAGAGUCGGCCGAUGUCACCUCAGUCACCUCUCGGAGCAGCGACGCCCCCAGUUUGCACAACCGCAGGUACUCAUCUAUGGCCAGGAUUCACUCCAUGACCAUAGAAGCUCCAAUCACAAAGGUUAUCAACAUCAUCAACGCGGCCCAGGAGAGCAGCCCGGUGACUGUGGCCGAGGCCCUGGACAGGGUUCUGGAGAUCCUCAGGACCACUGAACUGUACUCCCCCCAGCUCGGCUCUAAAGAGGAUGACCCGCACACGGCCGACUUGGUGGGAGGUCUCAUGAGCGAUGGUUUGCGAAGACAAUCAGGGAAUGAGUGCAUCUUCUCAAAAAACAUGACUCAGAGCCUGAGCCGCCUGGCCAUGCCUGUUACUCUCAGCGACGUCCCGCCCUCCAUAGCCCAGCUGCUAGACGAUGAGGAACAGUGGGAGUUUAACAUCUUUGAGCUGGAGGCUGCAACCCUCAAAAGACCCCUGACCUACCUCGGUUUGAAAGUCUUCGCCCGUUUUGGUGUGUGCGAGUUCCUGGACUGCCCAGAGGCCACCCUGCGGUCCUGGCUGCAGGUCAUAGAGGGCAACUACCACGCUUCCAACUCCUACCACAAUUCCACACAUGCUGCUGACGUGCUCCACGCCACCUCCUACUUCCUUUGCAAAGAGAGGGUGAAGGGCAGUCUGGACCAGCUGGAUGAGGUGGCAGCGCUGAUUGCAGCGACGGUGCACGAUGUAGACCACCCAGGCCGGACGAACUCCUUCCUGUGCAACGCAGGCAGCGAGCUGGCCAUCCUCUACAAUGACACUGCUGUCCUGGAGAGCCACCACGCUGCCCUGGCCUUCCAGCUGACCCUGCGAGACAACAAAUGCAACAUCUUCAAGAACAUGGAGAGGACUCAGUUCCGGACGCUGCGACAAGCCAUCAUCGACAUGGUGCUGGCCACAGAGAUGACCCGACACUUUGAGCAUGUCAACAAGUUUGCCAACAGCAUCAAUAAACCCAUAGCUGCUAUUGAGGAGUCCAGCUCAAAUAGUGAGGGCAGUGAGUAUGAGAGUCCCGCCAGCUUCAGGAACUCCCCAGAGAACCGCCUGCUCAUCAAGCGCAUGAUGAUCAAGUGUGCAGAUGUGGCCAACCCCUGCCGCCCGCUGGAGCUGUGCAUAGAGUGGGCCGCACGCAUCUCCGAGGAGUACUUUGCUCAGACGGACGAGGAGAAGAGGCAAGGCCUGCCUGUAGUGAUGCCUGUCUUCGACCGAAGCACCUGCAGCAUUCCCAAGUCUCAGAUUUCCUUCAUCGAUUACUUCAUCACAGACAUGUUCGACGCGUGGGACGCCUUUGCCAGUCUGCCAGGAUUGAUGCAGCACCUGGCUGAAAACUACAAGUACUGGAAGAGCCUGGAUGAGAUGAAGUGCAAGAGUUUGAGGCCUCCGCCAUCUCCCUGAUAGCCCAGCACCCCCCAACCCUCACCUCCAGCCAGGGGGCACCCUGAACGCCCCGCCCACUGUGAUAACUGUGAUAUCACAAACAGUUAAACGAGAUCAGAAC